GAAGAAAAUAAAUAGUUGUGGUGAAUUUCUUCCAUUUUGCAUGUCGUUUGCUCCAUAAACGUUGUGCUCUUCAUUCUAACCAUAAUGAUUGCAAUAUUUUGUUUAAGUAGUUACUACUGUAAUUUUGUCGUACUUUCUCUAGAUGAUUACGUGUUUGAUCUGCAGACUGUGCGGGUGUGGCAAGGUUCUGAAGAUGGGAGCUAUAACUGUCGGCAUGUAUUGAAAGAUCAUACUGCUGAGGUGUUGGAGGCAGCAAAACGUCUUCAUUUGAAGGAACAUGCUGUAUGUGAUGGUUCUGGAAACAUUUUCAAAUUAGCUGCACCAGUGGAAUGCAAGUGUAUUGUGGGUAGUGAUGACAGGCACUAUCUUCUUGACUUGAUGAGAGUAACUCCUCGUGUUGCAAACUAUACUGGACCUGGAUCUCGAUUUUGUAUUUUGAGACAGGAACUAGUCACAGCUUUUUGCCAGGUAGCUCAUGCUAUUACUGUAGUUAAGUGGUUCAGCCAUCUUCAUGAUUUCUUACUUAAAGUUUUUUCGUUGAGAAGGCCCAGUGCAAGGAGAUCGAAACGAGUUCAAGCUCGAUCGUCCGUGACUCACCAACCGAUUCUUUAA